AUGUCGUUGUCCUCGCUGAGUUCCCUCAAGGGCCUCCUCUCCCCGACCACAGAAUCGGAGUACGAUGUGGAAAAAGACUCUCAUGACCUUUCACGUUCAGAAGAUGUAGGGAGCACAAAUGGCGAAAUCAAGCCCCGCGAAGCCAAAGAGAGCAAGCUCAUUGACGGACGAGUAAUAUCUGACGCCAUCAUCGGUCUUUCGGAUGGGAUGACGGUCCCCUUCGCCCUUACAGCAGGUCUCUCGGCGCUGGGAGACACCAAAGUCGUCGUCUUUGGCGGAUUUGCCGAACUCAUUGCUGGCGCCAUAUCUAUGGGACUAGGUGGCUAUCUCGUUAGGGAAUCCUACCAUGCGACUCUCAAAGAAACCACCAAGCAAACACUCACGUCCCCCGCCACCGUCUCGGACACGAUUCACGAAAUCUUCACUCCCUACGACCUCCCCGACCACCUGCUUGCUCAAUUAACAACUCACCUGACAUCUUCCCCGCACCUUCCCUCCUUCCUCAUGACAUUCCACCACACCCUCCCCGAGCCCUCUGGCUCCCGAGCCCUAACCUGCGCCCUCACCAUUGCCCUUUCUUACUUCCUCGGCGGUUUCGUCCCGCUCCUCCCGUACUUUUUCGUCGGCCCAGACCAGGCGUUCCUGGCGUUGAAGUGGAGCAUUGCAACGAUGGCGAUUGCAUUGUUUGUUUUUGGGUAUGGCAAGACUUGCUUUGUGUCUGGAUGGGCGGGGUCGAAGAAUAUAAAGAAGGGAGCAUGGGGGGGUCUGCAAAUGGUUAUUGUGGGCGGGGUUGCAGCGGGAUGUGCCAUGGGACUCGUUAGAGGGUUUCAGGCGUUGGGGGAGUCUGAUCCGGGACAAAAUACCUAA